GUCUUAGCAAGUUAAUCCGUCCUGGCGAGGAUAUUAAAGUCUGAGCUCUACCGGAAGUUAUAGAGAUAUAUUUCGUUCACUGGAGGUUAAAGCCAGUUGUGAAGUGGGUCUGUUAAGUUUGUCGUUGCUGCUGAAUGAGUUGUUAGUUGUGUUUAUUAUUGCUGUAGUGAUGGCGGAAGUGUUUGCCGGGCGCGUGCUCCUGAAUAAAGCCGGACAGGAAGUGGAGCCGGAAGAGGCGCUGCGGAAUAAAGUAGUCGGGUUGUAUUUCUCCGGCGGCUGGUGCCCUCCGUGCCGCGACUUCACACCGGUGCUGUGUGACUUUUACACCGAGCUGGUGGAAGAGUGCGAGCCUCCUGCUCAACUCGAAAUCGUGUUCAUCUCCUCGGAUAAAUCUGCUGAGGACAUGGCGGAGUACUACCAGCACAUGCACGGGGACUGGCUCGCGCUGCCCUGGACCGACCAGUACAAGCACGAGCUGAAGAAGAGGUACAACAUCACAGCCGUGCCCAAGCUGGUGAUCGUGAAGGAGAACGGGCAGGUGAUCACGGACAAAGGCAGGAAGCAGAUCCGAGAUCAGGGCCUGGCCUGUUUCAGGAACUGGCUGGAAGUAGCUGAAAUCUUCCAGAACUUCAAAUGCUAGUGAUAUGAGUUUGAGUUUUCUUGUGCAACCGGCUAGUGAAGGAAAGUCGCAUCCUGCACUUUAACAGGAGGAGGAGUCUGGACACUUUAUAGCUAUGCUGUUAUAAAUAAAUUUUAAAUGCUUUUGCUAGUUUGAAGUGUAUUUUUACUGCUGUGUUUUUAUAUAUAAGGAAUAUUUUCCUCAGUUGUAGGAUAGUGGAUGAGUGUUCGUUGUUGUACUGAUGAUUGUUGCUACACUAGUACUCAGGGACUGUUUUAUGUCUAGCUUUGUCAUGGUGCUUCAGAUUCCCCAGCGUUUCAUUAAAACACUGAUAUGUUCCCGA